AUGGUCCUUGGAGACUGCAUGAGCUUGGUGAACGGCGGCUACGUCGGAGAUCACGUGGCCAUCUCCUGUGCGCUCGGGAACAUCGACUAUGACAGCGGCAAGCAGGUCGAGGGCAUUAUUUGUGAGCCCGACGUCUUCAAGAUCGAGGUGGAUGACGAGGUCGACUUUCUCAUCUUGGCGUCCGGUGGCGUCCGGGAUCCGCUUAUAAGGUUGCUUAUGCCAAAUGCCGACUUCGGAGUUCCCAACAGCAUGUGGCACUACACGGUUGUCUGCGGCGAUGACGUUGAAAUACGAGCGGCUCCCACCUACUCAGACGAGGCGCAGAAGGGUCUUACCGCCCAGCCCAGCAACUGCGUUGCUGUCGAUGAGCCCGGCCAAGUUUCCGAGGAGGCCAAGGAGGCAGCGCGCCAGCUGGGUGAGGAGGGCUGCUCGCUACAGAGCGGCCGGGCAGUUGCUUCCGCACCUGCAGCCAUGUGGUGGCUGCUCAGUCAGUUCACGACUUGCCCAUGCCUCAGCAGGGGCAAGGAAGCCCCCUCGCUGCCAGAAGAGGGCAGCGGUGGCGGCGCUGACUUCGGCUGGGCGGUCGCUAAGAAUGAGCGCCGCCGCAUGGAGGACGCCGUCGAUGUGAAGGAGGAUGUGGCGGGCUUUAGAGUGUUCACCGUCUACGACGGUCAUGCAGGCGACGAAGCAGUAACGGUCGUCAAGAAGAUCCUGCCCCGCAUCCUGGAAACACAUCUUGAGGAAGAGGAUGAUGUGGAAAAGGCUAUCUGCCUGGCCUUCAGGCGCAUAGACGAAGAACUUACAAAAACGCUCUUGGCCGCAGCUGACACGCCCAUGAAGGUGAAGACUUCGUCCGGCACAGUCGCAUGCAUGGCGCUGCUCAAGGGCAAAGACCUAUGGGUGUGCAACCUCGGCGAUUGCCGCGCCGUUCUCUGCACGGGUGGCACCAAGGCGCACGCAGUCUCCAAGGACCAUGCGCCAGACAAGAAUGCAGCUGAAGCCGGACGGCUUCGGACCCUGGGGGUUGAGGUGAACGGCGGCUACGUGGGAGAUCACGUGGCUGUCUCACGUGCGUUUGGCAAUGUCGAGUAUGAGAGCGGCCAGAAGGUCGCGGGCAUCAUUUGUGAGCCCGACGUCUUUAAGAUUGAGGUGGAUGACGAGGUCGACUUUCUCAUCCUGGCGUCCGAUGGCAUCUGGGAUCCGCUUAAGGACCAAUUCGCUGUCACGCACGCAAGAAAAGCUCUACGAACCACUGAGCAGCCAGAAGAUGCUGCGAAAGCCGUCGUCGAAAAUGCGGCCAAGGUCAGUGCAGGUGACAAUGCUGCCGCCAUUGUUGUGGUUUUUAAAUUUCCAGAGCCCUUGCCGAAGCGCAUUACGAGGCCACGUGCGACUCUUGCAGGCUUGGACGGGCCUCCGCCGUAG